AUGACCAACAUACUCCUCGAACAAUACUCAGGAGAGAUUUCCUUAAACAAUACUUUGGAAGGCACAUUCUCAACAUCCGAAAUUCCUCCGAUUCCUCCUUGUUUUAUAGGGUUAGAAGAACAGUGGAUUGAUCUCAAUAAAAACGGAAGAGAUUUCGAAAAGAAAUCUGGUUCAAGACACAUAUUCAUUGUUCAAAAAGAAAAGAUUACUCCCUUAGAACAUCUUGCCAACUUUUUUAGAAGAGCAUUACAAUCGAACGCCGAAGAUCAGGAAGAGGAUCCGGACGACGAAGAUUUUAACUACCAAGAGUCUGAAUCAUGUAUUCUCACCGACGACAAACAUCAUCGGAGGAAUCCGUCGACGAAUAAUUUUAAGCAGAACGCUCUUCGAGUUAUGAAUAAUUUGAGCAAAAGACAAAAAGCUUAUGUAAUCCGUGCUUUAAUUGAUAUUUCUUGUGCAACACCUUCUCAGUUAACUUCACAUAUGUUCCUCCAAGUUAAAGUCAGUGUAGGUCUAAAGUCAUUUAUUUGA